AUGGCGUCCUCAUUGUUGGCGUCAAGUUUCAUCCCAAAGAACCUCGUUAGCAUCUCUACUUCGAAGGGAGGGCAAACUGUGGGAGAGAAGGUGAUGGUGGUGGAAUGUUCCUCCAGGCCGCAGAAGAAAGCAACUAAGCAUCACAUGAAGACGAGGCCGAGGAAGACUCAGCCUUGGGAUAUCAAACGAGGUCCCACCGUCUACGCGCCGCUGCCUCCCCUCCUCCCGGACUGGUCCCUCGAUCCAUCCACUUCCUCGCUUGAAGCCCAGGGCGGAGCUUCGCCGGUGGAAGCAGCAGCUUCUUUUGCUGCUCCAAUUCCGUAA